CUUAUUGUACCAUUUCCUCUAAAGCAACAAACCUGCUAAAAUACAUUAAGCGUAGCGUGCAGGGUGAGAAAAUGGAGUGGGCCGUCGUGGAGGAGGCAGCAGUGGCUCAGCUAUUCAGAUCUCCGACGUCGUUGGAGUCCAAGUCAGGCUCUCCAAGCUUUGGUGCGGUUCUCUUCACUUAUUUUCUUGAAUACCAAACAUCAGAUUUCAAAUCAACCAAGGCCAGUAGUAAUGCAUUCCUCGACUCUAUACAAAGUGAUAAUGCUUACUUCUAUCUCAUCUUUGCUGUGACCUUGUUUUGGUUUAACUUAAACCACAUAUCUUUUUACCAUGUCCUCUUUUGCAUCUCUGUUAUCACAACGUGUCUUUUCAUCUUUGUGAAUUACUUGGCGUUUCUCUUCUUGGAAAACGACAUCAAAUGGAUUGGCAGAGAAUCGAGGUUGUUGUGCGCCAUUGUGGAAGCUGCUGAUGGAAUUGAGUCUUUGAGCGAUCAAAUAAGAAGCAAAGCUCAUCGAGUACGGAAUUCCGAACUCGACUCGGGUGUGGUGAAUGUAGGACUGAACGAGCCUGAGGUAGUUUGGGUGGAUAAGACCAGGAAUGUAAUUUUGAAAGCAGAGGAUUUGGUUAAGGACUUUGAGAGUAAAAAGAAAAGAGAGAUAACUCUCCGCAAAAUGUCUUUCUCAAUGCUUCACUUUAUGGAGGUAGACGAGCUUUUAAAGGAGACUAGGCUGGUCAAGGAUGAGAUUAACGGUAUCUUUGUCAUGAAGUAUAUGCGUAAAAUCAACAUAUGCGAAUCGUUGGAGAAGUCUUGGUCUACAAUUAGAAAGUUGUUGGACAGGCCUAUUGAAGAACAGGAGAACAAGUUGGUAAAAUCUAGAUUACAAGUUGGCAGGGGUGGUUUCCUUUCCUCUCUUGUGAAGAAAGUACAUAGUAUGGUGGUACUGAUCGAUCGAAUCAAAGGUUUAAAUGGCGGCCAAUCCCCACUGUACCUGGUAAUAAUUGAGCUGCAAUUGUUGUUGUUGUAUCCUUUCCUGCAACACGUCGAAGGGCUUCAACUCGAGAGUGAAAUAGGAAAGGCCUGGUUGAAGGAAGUGGAUGAAAUCGUUGGGGAAGCGCAACUUUCCAUUGAAGCAUUCUCGAAAGCAACGGCAUGUCAAGUUUGGUGGCUUAGAGGUCCACACAUUAUAAAAAGAUGGAAAGCUCGGCGAAAGCUUGAGGCAGACAUUAAGCGCAUAGAUGUCUGCUUCUCUGAGCUUUUUGAAAGGAAGGAAAGGUAUGGCUUCAAAUUCAUCAUAAGAGAUUCUUCAAAGUCCUCUAAGUACUGUAAUGGAGAUGGAGAAGAGAAAGUUUUGUCUGUCGUAAAAGAUAUUCGCUACUUCCUUGAUCAGAGGUGCCUACAAUUAGGCUGGGUGGCGGGUAAGCUGAAGUUACUGUGUGAUCAGCUGCAGAAUAUGCUUGAACUGUUAAAUGAUGCAGAAACAACAUAUGCUGGCAUAAACAGCCUCAGAAAUGCGUGGUUUGAUCAAAUGAAGAAUGUUGCAAACAUUGCAGCCGAAUCGAAGAAAGCCUUUCGGAUCAAUUCCGAGAGUGGCUAUGGGAGCUAUGAUAGGUUGAGGAGUACAAGAGCUAGGCUGCAGUUUUCGCACGAAAUCGACCAAAUCAAGCAUCGGAUUCAUGUUAUUGAAAAAAGCUUAAGUGCCUACAGCAUUGAACUAAGAGAAGAGUCAAGUUCUGUGGUUGGUCUAGAAGAAGACGUGGAUGCAUUGGUCUCAAAAUUAACUGCCGAGAGUAGAGAUGGCGAUUGUGUUUGUGAUGUUUGUUCCAUUGUAGGAAUGGAAGGCAUAGGUAAGACAACUUUGGCGAAAAAAGUGUAUGGCCAUAGAGCUAUUGAACAAGGUUUUCCUACCCGCGCGUGGGUUAAUGUACCUAAAAAACGCGACGAUGAAUUAUCAUUCCUAGAAGACAUAGGAAAGCAGGUUCUAGGCCGGCAUGAGAAAGAGAUCAAUUCCAGAGAAGAACAGUACUGGAAGAGUAUGGUAAGUGCUUUUUUAAACAAGGGCAAGUACUUACUAGUUCUGGACAAUGUGUCAACAACGGAAGCUUGGGACACACUGAUGAAACUAUUGGAGUUAAGGACAUUGAAAGGGGGAAGAGUUGUACUAACCACGCAGAACGAGAAAGUCGCUGAACUAGCUGAUUGUUACUCAAGUAGGAAACUUCGCCACAGAAUUCGUCUGCGAACAAAGGAUGAGAGCUUUUGUUUACUAAAGCAGAUGGUGUACAUUUCUUCAGGAGAAGAAACAAUAGCAGAAGAUAUUGUACGUGGAUGUUUGGGCUUGCCUUUUUCCAUUAUGCGCGUUGGAUACAUGAUGUUGAAGCAAGAAGUCACCGCUUUGGAGGCUCUUGAGACAGUGCCGUUGUUGAAAAGCGCAACCAGUGAAGAGUUGCCUCCGCGUUUGAAGCCAUUGCUUGAACACUUUGAAUUGUUUCCGGGGGACUUUGAAAUCCCUGCUAGGAGACUAAUUACUUUGUGGGUUUCAGAAGGAUUGGUAAAAAAAAGCGAAGGCGAGAACCAAACUCUCGAACACAAGGACCAAACUCUCGAACCCAAGAACCAAACUCUCAAACAAGUUGCCGAGAAGUGUCUUUCUGAGCUGAUUGAUCAGGGCAUUGUUCAGGUAGUCAAGAGAAAGGCAAAUGGAAAAGUCAAGACGUGUUGCUUGCCACUAAGAUCCAAACCAUGUUCUCUCCAGUUUUCACGAGAAUCCCACCAGAGAAUCCAACAAGUCAGAUCAGUUCAGAGACUUGCUCAUCAUUAUAACAACGAAAACCGUAGUUUUUGCCUAAUUCACAGUGGCUCAACACAUGAUCAACUAGACAAAAGAAAGCUUCACUCUUUCUUCCCUUGUGAUCCUCAAGAAGACGAUGAGCCCGGAGAAGACAUAGGCUUCUUUCUUCGCAUGGGGAAAGAGACUCAAGAAGACGAUGAUACUCAAGAAGAUGAUGAUCCUCAAGAAGACGAUGAUCCUCAAGAAGACGAUGAUUGGAUUUCGCUAGAGUACAAAGAUCUUUGCUCAUUUCUCUCUUUCGAUCCUCGAGAAGGAAAUGAACCGGGAGAGCAAAUAGGCAAUUUCCUCCGCAGGGGAAUUGCUCGCGGUUUCUUCCAAGGAUUGCAGGUGCUUGAUCUUGAAGGUGUGUUCAGACCUGAAUUGCCUAAGAACAUAGGAAAACUAAAGAAGUUGAGGUAUUUAGGCUUAAGGUGGACUUACCUUCAGAGCAUACCCUCGUCUAUAGGCGAAUUAGCUCACCUUGAAACCUUGGAUUUGAAGCAUACUUGUGUCGACACUCUGCCGAGCUCAGUAUGGAAAUUGCAAAGACUUCGACAUUUGUACUUGGACAAGAGUUAUCGAAGUAAAUUCAUGAGAAAUCCAAGUGGGAGUUCCCUAAAAAGCCUCGAAAGUUUAUGGGGCGUGUUUGUGGACAAGAAUAGUCCUUUGAUGGAUUGCUUGGACAAGAUGACCAAUCUUAGAAAAUUAGGAUUGGCAUUCCAGUUAGAUAAGCGAGAGGGAAAGAGGCUAGCAGGUCGGAUUAUGAAACUGAAGCACCUCCAAACUUUGAAGCUAAGAUCGAUCGAUGAAAGGAGUAAGCCCGGAAAGUUAUUCUUGAAGCUUUCAGGCCUUGGGAAUCUCUCCAGCCUAAACUUGUUUGGGAGGCUAAAAAAUACUCUUGUGAUAGAUAAAUUCCCCAAGCAACUUACUGAGCUUACCUUGUCAGCUUCUGGCCUUUCAAAUGAUACAAUGUCUAAGCUAGGGAAACUCCUGAACCUUAAGUUACUCUGCUUCUAUUCUAACUCUUAUGGAGGGAUACAAAUGGUUUUCUCUGACGAAGACUUUCCUCAGCUUCUAGUAUUAAAGCUAUGGAAGCUAGAAGAAUUGGAAGACUUGGUAUUUCAUGAGAAAGCGCUGCGAAAUCUCCGGGAGUUGGAGACUAGGUCCUGUAAGAAACUGAAGGUCCCAUAUGAAUUGAAGAACUUAAAGACUCUACUUGAAUUGAAGCUGACUAACAUGCCUGAGGAGUUUGUUAGGGAGAUUGAUAAUAACAAGGGACAAAUUUGGAAGGAUACUACUCAUUCUCCAUCAAUCAAAAUCGUCGACGACUUUUAGAAUUCAUGCCGAAUAACAGAACUGCGAGCUUUCAACUUUGAUUACCGAUUAUGGAGCAGUAAUUGAAGGAAGCCAGAUAAGUCUGUCCUGGGUUUUGUUUGGUCUAAAGGGACUUUCCAUUAGUACUGCUAAGAGGGGUUAAAAACAAAGUGCUUUAUUGUCUUGUUCUAUGCUAAUUGUUAAUAUUUGUUUUUGAAGCUCUUUUGUACAAUGGAUGGAGACCAAAUUGUAGUGCUACGAACAUAAAUAAUGAUUUACUAUAUAAUGUUGAUGUCAAGUGGAUUGGUUGAAAAUAG